GGUUUGGUGGAACCCAGUUGUUGAGUUCCUCAAACCCAGCAAAUCUGGGUUCUAGGUUCAAUGGAACCUAGCGCUGAGUUCCUCGAACCCAGCAAAUCUGGGUUUGAUGGAACCUAGCAGAUGAGUUCCAUUGAACCCAAGUUGGGUUCCCUUGAACCCAGAUCAGCUGGACUUGAGGGAACCCAGCAACACAGAGGAAGAAGAGGAAGAAAGAAAGGAAGAAGAUGGAUCGAAAGAGGGGAAGAAGAUGGAUCAAGAAAGGGAGAUAGGGGUAUUAAGGUAUCCAUACCAUCAAGUUUAAAUCUCAAAAAAUUGGUUGUUCUGAGGUUAAGGAACAGCAAACUCAAAUAUAUUUGGGAUGUAUCAAAGGUUCUUAAAAAUCUAAAAGUCCUUGAUCUCAGUCACUCGCUUGACUUAAUUGGAACCUCAGACAUCUCAGGUCUUUUAAACAUUGAGAAAUUGAUCUUCAAAGGCUGCAUUAAUUUGAUCGAGGUUCAUCAGUCCAUUGGCAACCUUAGCAAACUCAUUUACCUGGACUUGGAAAACUGCCAGAACCUUGUUCAUCUUCCUACAGAGAUUUGUAGGUUAAGGUUCCUCGAGAAUCUUAACUUGUAUCUCUGCUCAAAACUAGAGGAGUUGCCAGAGGAUUUUGGGAACAUGGAAAGUUUGAAAGAGCUCGAUAUAGGCUGCAGUGCCAUCAAGCAUUUACCCAUGUCCAUUGGCCAUCUUAAGAAUCUUACAAAUUUCUUUUGGAACAAUGAGAGAUCUUUGCUUGAAAGCCCAGGUACCUAUGAUUUGUCUCCGCUAUGGAGUCUGAAUUCAGUAAAAGAAUUGAAUCUGUCGUUCUGCAAACUAUCAGAUAAUUCAUUUCCCAGAGAUCUCAGUGGCUCACAAAAUUUGGAGACGUUGCUUCUAAGAGGAAAUACUUUUCAACACUUACCAAUUUUUCUAUCAAAUUUGCCAAAGUUAAAAAAGCUUGAUGUUUCUAAAUGUGAUCUAUCAGACAAAUCAGGUCCCUUGGUUGUUGCAAGCCCCUUUUUGCAGGAAUUGAAUUUAAGCAAAAACAACUUCUGCAGCCUACCAGUUGAUCUUACUUCCCUUCCUCUUAAAACCAAGGUUUCCCUACUGCUAUGCAAUAAGCUCAAAGUAAUAGAAUUUGAAUCAUGCACGAUAUUGAUCAGAUACCUUUGCGAUUCUUUGGAGAAAGUAACAUUCAAAGGAGGGCUCAGUGACAGAAGUCUUAGACCAAUCUUUGGUAGGUUUUGUGGAUUUCCUUCGUUUCCGUACUGGUGCUAUGUGAAACCUUUAACUGGCAAGCAACUUGCUAAGUUAGAGCACUUGUUGGGAUUGAAGGCUUCGCUAAAGAAGUGCUCGCAUUUUUUCAGAGACUUCAUACUUACUCGGAGUAAGGAUCGUCCCAUCCAGGGUUUUUCUGAUUAUAUGGAGCCGAUUUAUAACAUCUUUCUUCGCGAAGGAACGAUGCCCUGUGGGUUUAAUCAUGAGGAUAAUGUUGCUUGUACAAUUGUAGAUGUGCCUCGAGUUUCAAGUGGAAGUUUCCAAGGGCUUGCAGUAUGUGUUAUUUGUCAUAUUAUAGAUCCUGAUCUUUCAACUUUAGCUAUAACAAUAGAGGAUGAGGAUUUUUCUCGUCACUACCAGACCCGCCUUCCGUGGGACUUUAAGGACCAUAAAGGUGGAGUCAUGUGGGUCAGCUGUUGGAGAACACCAAGUUUGGUGAAUGAAUGCAAGAGAUUCAAUAUUAAAGUAGAGACUGACGUUACUGACGGAUCUAACGGAUCCCAUUUCUGGAUUGUGAAAAGGAUCGGGAAAGAACUGAACGAUUGGCAGAUUGCUUCACAGAAGCAGGCGUACUAUUAGGAAUGUUUUUGGCAAUUUUUUCUAGCUCCUCUUGUUGUUUCUUUGCUGUAAUCCUAUCAGGUCGACAGUGCUGAUCAAUAACCUUUUCCCAUAACAGGACCCUCUCACUCGCUUCUUUGACAGCUUCCUGAAAACCAAUAGCAAACACCAAACAACUUCUAAAUCCAAGCGAUAUUACUAAAAUCAUUAUUGGAAAAAAAAAAUCCAUAAUACCAAUUCUAAAAUGGUUCAGCAUAAAUGUUUAACUCAUUAAUGUAUUCAAUUGUAGUUCAAACUGAUUAGACACAUCGGUUCCUUGCUCAUUACACUGUUAAUAGGAUGUGUAUUGUAUCAUGUAAUUAAAUAAAGUGCUGACAGCCAC